AUGCACAGCCUGGCAGAGGCCGUGGGAUUUCAGCGAGGGGAAGAGGAGGAAGAGUCGAGCAUCGACAGGCAACACAGCAGCCACCGUCGGUGUACCCGGGGGCUUCCUGCAGCCGUGGUGGAUGCGGCGUUUGCUGCAGCGGAAGCAAUUGCCACUGGUGUUCCUGUGACUGGAGGCGUUCGUGCUCUUGGCGCUGCUGCUGACGUGGCAGAUGAUCUCCCUUCGCUCGUUGACACGUCCGCACGCCGGGAUUUGGGCGAAGAGGCGUGGAAGAAGGGUACGAGAAGAGAGAUCCCAAUAACAGAAGCGGAUUUUGAGCGUGAAGGCAUACAGGAAGAUGAGGAGUUAUUGGAUAAAGAUGAGCCUAUGGAAGCGCCGGUUAACGUGAUGUUGGGGGAAGAACCUGGCGCAGAUGGAGGAGGAGGCGAGGAUGUGGAAGAAGUGGAAAGAUCACCACCGCUGGAAAGUCAAGCAGCUUCUGCGAAAGACAAAGCAGCAGAGGAGACGAAGUCGUCACCAGCAGCAGCAGCAGGGGAAGAGUUUACUGGCAGCGGCAGUAGAGCUGCUGGUCGCUGGUCCUUGAGGUCUCAUGAGAAGACAGCGGAGAAUGAAGAGAGGAAAAUUCAGGAGGUUCAGGAGCAAGAAACCAGACGGGUCAAGGUGCGGAUGGGCAACAACGAGUUUGGUAGUGCGACGUCAUUGGAUGAGCUGCAUUCUCUUCAAAGAAAGUCAACUUCAAUUUCAGGCGGUACUAGCGCCGAGUCAAUCAGUGCCUCCUUGGCGUCUCAUGCGCGGGAGCGGGGCCCUAACGUCAUUAAGGGAGAUCCGAACACCGCUGUUACUAAGGAUGGUCAUGUGCAUUUUGUCCCGUCUGACUACGUCAGCGAUUUUAACCUCAAAGCGACCCACGUACUUCACAAUCUUUCACAAGCAGAGCUUUACGAGCUCGCGAUCAAGGAUGAAAAGGGGACGUACAUCACGUCAAAUGGAGCUCUUGCUACUCUCUCUGGAGCGAAGACAGGACGUUCUCCUAAGGACAAGCGCAUCGUGAAGGAAGAGACCUCACAGGAUGACCUGUGGUGGGGAAAGGGUUCUCCAAACAUUGAGAUGGACGAAGAGACCUUCUAUAUCAACCGCGAACGUGCUGUUGACUAUCUGAAGUCUCUGGAUAAGGUCUUCGUGAACGACCAGUUUCUGAACUGGGACAAGGACAACAGGGUCAAGGUCAGAAUCAUUACCUCUCGUGCUUAUCACGCUCUCUUCAUGCACAACAUGUGCAUCCGGCCUACUCCCGAGGAGCUGGAAACAUUUGGUGAACCUGACUUCACCAUCUAUAAUGGCGGAAAGUUUCCAUGCAACCGUUUCACACAUUACAUGACAUCGUCGACCAGCGUUGACAUAAACUUAAAGAGGAGGGAAAUGGUUAUUCUCGGAACUCAGUAUGCUGGCGAGAUGAAGAAGGGGCUUUUUGGGUUCAUGCACUAUUUGAUGCCAAAGAGAGGAAUACUCUCACUUCAUUCUGGCUGCAACAUGGGAAAGGGCGGUGACGUCUCCCUGUUCUUCGGCCUUUCAGGAACGGGAAAGACUACCCUCUCAACUGAUCCUGAGAGGUACCUGAUUGGGGAUGAUGAGCACUGCUGGAGUGACAAUGGUAUAUCCAACAUCGAAGGAGGGUGUUACGCAAAGUGCAUUGACCUGUCGCCCGAGAAGGAACCAGAGAUAUUUAACGCAAUCAAGUUUGGAACAGUCCUGGAGAACGUCGUGUUUGACAGCCACACCAGGGUGGUUGACUAUGCAGACAAGUCUGUGACUGAAAACACCCGUGCUGCAUACCCUAUCGAGUAUAUUCCGAACGCAAAGAUUCCCUGUGUUGGACCCCACCCAAGAAAUGUCAUUUUGCUCGCCUGCGAUGCAUUCGGAGUCCUUCCUCCUGUCAGCAAGCUGACCCUUCCCCAAACCAUGUACCACUUUAUUAGUGGAUACACUGCUCUGGUCGCUGGAACUGAAGAGGGUAUUAAGGAACCGCAGGCGACUUUCUCCGCAUGUUUUGGGGCUGCUUUCAUCAUGUGGCAUCCCAUCAAGUAUGCGGGUAUGCUUGCUCAGAGGAUGCACGAGAAUGGAACUAGUGCAUGGCUUGUGAACACGGGUUGGUCGGGAGGCAGCUACGGCGUAGGAAGCAGGAUGAAGCUGGCAUAUACGAGGAAGAUUAUCGAUGCGAUCCACAAUGGGUCUCUUGCAUCUGCUACAUAUACGCCGACCCCAAUAUUCGGUCUUCAAGUCCCAGACCAUGUUGAUGGUGUGCCUCAGGAGAUUCUUGAGCCGCAGAACAUGUGGACCGACAAGGGUGCUUACAAUGCAACUCUGACGAAGCUUGGUGGCCUUUUCAACGCGAACUUUUCCAAAUUCACAGAGAGCAUGUCUGGUGUGGAUACCACCCUGGCUCAGCAGAUCCUCUCAGCAGGACCUCAGCUUGCGUAA